AUGUCUGAAUCAAAUGAAUAUCAUUCCUCUACUGUGGACCCUCCCCCUCCAUUUGAUCCAACACAGCCAUCCAUUCCCAUCUCCUUCCCUAUCAAGACGCUUGAAGACUUGGGUUCUCGAGCUUACUUCAAGACAUUUCACUACCCCUUUAACAGAUGUUCUGUUCCUCUUGAAAAUUCUGUUUUAGAUAACAGGCCUAGGAUUCUUGUGUGCCAUGAUAUGCAAGGAGGUUAUGUCGACGAUAAGUGGAUUCAGGGAGGGAGCAAUCCUGAUGCUUAUGCAAUUUGGCACUGGUAUUUGAUUGAUGUGUUCGUUUACUUUUCACAUAAUUUGGUUACUUUGCCUCCUCCUUGCUGGACUAAUACUGCUCACCAACAUGGUGUUAAGGUGUUAGGGACUUUCAUCACAGAAUGGGAUGAAGGGAAAGCUAUCUGCAAUAAAUUGCUUUCAACAAAAGAGUCUGCUCAUACGUACGCCGAGCUGUUGUCAGAGCUUGCUGUUGCUUUGGGUUUUGAUGGAUGGCUGCUCAAUAUGGAGGUUGAAUUGGACUCGGGGCAGAUUCCUAAUUUGAAAGAGUUUAUCAGUCAUCUAACCCAGACCAUGCACUCCUCAUUGCCUGGAUCUUUGGUGAUAUGGUAUGAUAGUGUUACAAUUGAUGGAGAUCUUAGCUGGCAGAAUCAACUGAAUGAUCAAAAUAAGCCUUUCUUUGAUAUCAGUGAUGGCAUAUUUGUAAACUAUACAUGGGAGGAAGACUACCCAAAAAGCUCAGCUGCUGUUGCUGGUGACAGAAAGUUUGAUGUCUACAUAGGAAUAGAUGUGUUCGGAAGGAGCACGUAUGGUGGUGGACAAUGGACGACAAAUGUUGCACUGGAUGUGCUGAAGAAGGAUGAUGUAUCAGCUGCCAUAUUUGCACCCGGAUGGGUCUAUGAGACUAAGCAACCACCUGAUUUUCAAACUGCUCAAAAUCGUUGGUGGUCCCUUGUCGAACAAUCAUGGGGAGCAGUAAAAUUUUAUCCUAAAACCCUACCAUUUUACUCAAAUUUUGAUCAGGGCCAUGGUUAUCAUAUUUCUGUCGAUGGAAGCCAAGUGUCAGAUGCUCCUUGGAAUAACAUAUCUUCUCAAGGCUUUCAGCCUUUCCUCAAGUUCACUGAUAACUCAAGUCCUGAUACUAUUGAAGUCCUUGUAGAUUUCAAGGAAGCCUCUUACAGAGGAGGAGGUAACAUCACAUUUAAAGGGACUCUGAAAGAGAAAGAUUUUACAACAAGAAUCUUUCAGGGAGAGCUGCUUUUGGGUGCAAUGCCUCUUCACUUGACACAUUCUGUAAAAUCAGAUGGGGAUUCUCUACUGGGACUUUCCCUUCAGUUCUCUUCCCCUACAAAUGAAAGGACGUCGGUACUUCUUGGGUCCUGGGGAACAAACCAAUUCUCAAGCAAAUUCAGUAAAGUCAUAGUGCCCCGGCAGGUUAAUAAGCCAAGAACAGCUCCAGGAUGGGUUAUACUGGAGAGCAGCAUUGAAAUGAAUGGAUUCACAUUAACAGAAAUUCAUGCUGUUUGCUACAGGCCAAAGUGUGAGCAUGCCCAACUGAGGUUAGAAUAUAAAACAGAAGACUCUGAGGAUGUAUUAGCUCAUAGUCCGAAGGAGUAUUACGCAGUCCUUGGUCACAUCACAAUGAGGACUUCUGAAGAGAGCAUAGAUUUCCCUCCCUCUAGUUCAUGGCUAGUUGAGGGUAAUUAUAUCAAAUGGAGUUCAGGUUCCCAGGGGUCCAAGACCGUUAGUGUCAAGAUCACUUGGAAAUUGAAAGACGUAACUGAUUCUCAGUUCCACAAAUACAAUAUUUACGUGGAGAAGCUACCAAAACAAGCCGUUCGAAAUCCUAGUGCUGAACUAGUAGGGGUUCAGGAGUACCUUGGAGUGGCAAAUGUAGAAGCUUUUUAUGUUUCUGAACUUCCAAUUCCUGCAACCACUUCUAGCCUCAAAUUCAUCAUUCAAGUCUGUGGUGUAGAUGGCGCUUGCCAGAGCCUGGAUGGUUCUCCAUAUUUUCAACUGGAUGUCGAAGGUUAG